AUGCGCAGCACGGAGGGCGCAGGCGCAGUGCAGGGCGGGCCAUCGGGGCGCUCGGGGACUCACGCGCUCGCUCUCCCGCAGGCCUGCAUUCGGGCCUGCAAGCCCGACCUCUCGGCCGAGACGCCCGUGUUUCCCGGGAACGGCGAGGAACAGCUGCUGGCCGAGAACCCCCGGAAGUACGUCAUGGGCCACUUCCGCUGGGACCGCUUCGGCCGCGGGAACGACAGCGGCGGGGCCGGCGCGGGCCCCAAACGCACGGAGGAGGCGGCGGCUGCGGGCGACGGCGGCCUCGGGCCCCGCGGCGAUGGCGCCGGGCCGGGCCCGCGCGAGGGCAAGCGCUCCUACUCCAUGGAGCACUUCCGCUGGGGCAAGCCGGUGGGCAAGAAGCGGCGCCCGGUGAAGGUGUACCCCAACGGCGCCGAGGACGAGUCGCCCGAGGCCUUCCCCGUGGAGUUCAAGCGGGAGCGGCCGGAGCCGGCGCUCCGCCCCGAGGGCGCGGCCCAGGGCGAGGCGGCCCCCGCCGACCUGGAGGACGACCUGGGGGCGGAGGCCGAGGCCCCGUCGGCGCUGAAGAAGGACGAGGGGCCCUACCGGAUGGAGCACUUCCGCUGGGGCAGCCCGCCCAAGGACAAGCGCUACGGCGGCUUCAUGACCUCGGAGAAGAGCCAGACGCCCCUGGUGACGCUGUUCAAAAACGCCAUCAUCAAGAACGCCCACCGGAAGGGCCAGUGAGGGCGCCGCGGGGCCGGGCCUCUCCCCGGAAGGCGGCCCCUGAGCCCC